CCCUUCAGCUUGUAUUCCAUAUCCCCUUCAUCAGCUACAACAUUGCCGCUCCUCUGAUAACAUGGCGACCGGGCGCUCCUUGGGUGCCCUCCUACGAUCGCUUCAGUCUUCAUCCGACCUCCAGGAUGUUUUCACCCUGCUUCCCACGGCGACGAGUCUCUUGUCCGUGCUCGGCAACCCUUUGAACAUCACCCUUCUUGCAUCGCGGCUGCUGGCAGCUCCAGCCAUAUGGGACUAUUCCGUCGAUCUCCUCGCGUGCCGAAAGAUUCUCAGCGUCUUUAAUACUGCCGCCAUUGCUAUAGUACAGAGUGAAGCUUCGGAUGAUCCGAGGAUACCCUACACCAAGCCCAGGAAGAUUGAGCGCGAGGACUGGGUCAAAGCUGUUGUCAGUGGAGCGGAUGAGAAGUCGCCACGAUGGAGGCACACAAUUCUGAUCGGGGGAGUCCUGCUAGGGUUCGAAGGUCAAAAUAGGCAGGGAUUGCCGUGGCAUGUUCGCAGAAAGCUGGAGAGGGCCCUCGUGACGGCGGCACAGCUUGCGCUUGAGGAGCUGGAUCCUCGGAACGAGAUGGAUGGUCGUUGUGUCACAAUGGUCCUGAACUACUGUUUUGAACUUCUCUCGGAUUCCGAGAAGAGCAGGCUGGACUUUGACCUCUGGCUACCCGUCAUGAUCAAUUCGACCUACGCAUCACCCGAAGGUUUGGAGGGAGGUUACUUCUUAGGCACUGUUGAUAAGGACGUCGUGGAAGCCCCCGGAAAGAAAUUCCAGUGGUCAGCACAAUCCGACACAUUCGCCCGUAUAUCGGCGAUCAGCUCCAGCCCUCUUGUGUCUGCGCUAGGCCCCCUCUCCCGACUCAUGGCACAUGGAAUAGAAAACGUCAAAGAUCCAGGUUUAAUCGCUCAAACCUUGGAUCACAUCACAGAUUUUGUGCGUACGCUGAUGGUACAGUGGCGGUUAAACAAGUUGUCGGAGGUCGACCGAGCUGAAGAAGCAGAAUAUCUUGACCCCGAGUCCUUGAAGACCACCAUCCCGAGCCUUUGGAAGUUACUCCGUAACUGCCUAUAUUCUAUCGUCAUCAUUUUACGGGCUGUUCUGGGAAGGGUGAUAAACGACCGGGUGCUGGCUGCCCAUCGAAGCGCGCCUUUCCUAUCGAUGCAGGCUCUCCAUAUCCUGCGGAAUCUUUACUUCAUAUCCUCUCGCAUGGGUCAGAAUGCGUCUUCGCAGCACAUGUUUGUAACUCUCGCGGCUGUGGAUAUCCUCGCACACUAUCCAGACCUAGCCGAGAAUUUCCUGAGGAGCAUCAAGCCCAGUGAGCUCGGCCAGAUCCCCGACCAUCCUAUUGAGAGGUGUCUGGAUCUAUUUUUCCUCAACACUUCCGAGCUUUUCACUCCCGUGCUAUCACCGGCAUGCAGCGAAGAACUGCUCAUCGCAGCUGCUGUUCCCUAUCUCCCUGCCGGGGGGAACAACCAUCUUCUCGAGAUUUUCGAAGCUGCCCACAGCGCGGUCCUUGCCGUUUUCGCUAUCCCGGAAAAUGCGGCUGUGGCGGCCAAGCAUCUUCCGUUUUACAUCGAUAACCUCUUUGCCGUAUUUCCGGACAACCUGUCGGCCCGACAAUUCCGUCUGGCUUUCAAGACCGUAAUUCAAGUCACUGCGCCCCCGUCACCCAUCGCGAACACACAACGCCUUCUACCGUCUAUCCUACUCGAAGUUCUCUAUGACUGGGCACUACAUUCAUCUGACCAAUUGCUGCCCCAACCAUCUCAAGGCGAGGGCCCUGAUCUGGGCAAAUCCGCGCCUGUCUCGGAACAAGCCGCCCUUACGCUCGCUCUUAUCGACAGCCUCUGCUUCCUACGUGUCGAAGACCUCGCGGAAUGGCUUCCUCUAACGGGGCAUCUGCUCAACGCGGUCACCGGGCCGGACAUGAACAAAAUCUGCGUGGAGCGGUUCUGGGAGGCGCUGAGCAGCGGCGAGAUGGAUGUCGAACGGGCUCAUUACUGCGUCACCUGGUGGAGCACCCUAGGGGGUCGAGAGCUCACCCUGUAUGGGGCUGACCCCGGCGAAACUCCCGAACCCGAUGAAGACCAGGGCGCUUACAUGAGUGGUGCCAUUGGCAGUGUCGCGCGGGAGAGCAAACUGUAAUUAUUCUAUUUUGUGUUUGUAUAUAUGGAUCUUCCGAGCAUGAGCCAUGAUAGCACGGCGUUUGGGGCUCUGAUACCAUUUAGCGAUGACAAUCCACCUUGCUGUACGCAGUAUUGUACAGUAUUAUAUGCCAUU